AUGUCCAAUGGAUGUCCUAUGCUGUCUGAUACUUUCCAAUUUUUAUUGGAAUUGUUAAAACCAAGAUUGGGUAAACAAAGUAGCAAAUUUGGUAGACAUUCAAUAUCACCUGAAAAACAGUUAUUUAUAGCCAUAUGGACUAUGGCUACACCAAAUUCAUAUAGAUGUGUUUCAGAUAGAUUUGAUGUCGGCAAAGCUACUUGGCACAGUGUUCAAAGAGUAGUGAAUGCUUUAUAUGCAAAUGUGACAAAAUUUAUUCGACGGCCGACCAGAGAGGAAGCAGAAGAAACUAUAGAAAUAAUUCAACGAAAUCAUACGUUUUCAGGAGUCAUAGAUGUGAUAGAUGGCACACAUAAACUUACUGCUCCAAAAGACCACAAUGAGUCUUAUGUUAAUAGAAAAGGAUUUCAUUCGAUUCAGCUACAAGUAAUUUGUGAUGCAGAUCUAAAAUUUAUAGACUGUUACGCGGGCCAAGUUGGUUCUGUGCACGAUAUGUCUUUAGACUAUCGAAUUUUGAAAGCAUGUAUAACGAUAAAAAUUUUCCACAUAGUCAUAUAUUGGGCGAUGCAGCAUACCGUAUCUUACUUAAUGGUACCGUUCAAAGACAACGGUCAUUUGCCUGAAAGACAAGUUUAUAUCAAUAGACGUCUCUCUACCGUCAGAAUAAAAAUGGAACGAUCAAUAGCUCUGUUAAAAAGUGACUUUCAAAGUCUUUUAGACACACUUCCAAUGCAGAGAACAGAUUUAAUUCCAAAAUACAUAAUUGCAUAUUGCAUUCUACACAAUAUCUGUUUAUUAAAAAAUGAUAUAAUCGUUAUUCCUAUCAUCGUUAAUAAUGAAAGUAAUAUUACGGAACAGUCGAACACAUUAGAAAGUAAUACUUCACAAAGGGAAGAUAUCGAUAAAAGAAAUUGCAUGUAUGCUAUAGCGCAAUAUAAUUGUUGA